GUGGAGAAGCGCGACCUCGACGAGGCUCGCACCUGGGCCGAGAGGGCCCGUGCUGAGGGCUCCCCCCUCACGGAAGAGGACUUGAGGUUCUUCAUGAAAGACGCCUUGACCUCGAAUGAUGCGGACUUUGCCACCCUGUGGCUUCAGCAGCUUCUCUCCGCGGAGGACAUCGUGCCCGAGGCCAAGAAGAAGAUUGGCCUGCUGGCGGUUUUCCUGAUCGCCCGUCAGAAAGGCUUCCACCAGGCGAGAAACAUCUUGGCUGAAGGUGGUGAGGAGCCCAGUUACUGGCUGAGGAACAAGGCUCGGUGGCUUCUGGAGAUCCUCCGCGCCGAACGAGGGGGCCUCGCGGCGCUAGGA